GACUUUUUGCGGACCACCAUGAUACCAUAGAAGCAGCAGCAACAUUGUGUCCGAACGUAACUAGCAAAUCUUGCUGCAAAAACAACAAUUUCUCAAUCUCAUUCCUUUCUUCCCCAACAUGUAUAAACUACAGCUGCUUAAUCUGUUUCUCAACGAAAAAUUAAUCGCAGUUCCUUUGGAGAUAUCCGUGGCAGUUAAAAAAACGAUAGCAGAGCACCAGGAAGAAAUCUGCCGUUUGAGACGGGCGAAUGAACGUUUACGAAGAAUCCUGGAUUUGGUUUUCAAACCAGAGAUAAAGUUGCAUAGAUUAGCAGACCUCCAGCAACUCACUCUUUCUGAAGAGGAGGUUAACUGUGGCCAGCAGCACUGUGAGCAGGAAUGGAGCGCCAAUCUGGGGCCGGUGGACUCUGAUGCCGUAGAGUCUAUAUGGGACUCGAUCAACAUCAGAACGGUAGAGAACCAAACAGAAUCAGAAGACGAGAGCAACAGAGAGUCCCAAUCAACCAGUGACUAUCAGCCCCACUCUGAUGUAAACCCAGACAGUGACAAUGGAAAAGUGGAUGGAGUGGUGAGCAGAAUACCACCGUCAAGGUCAAAGAGGGGAAGAGGACGGCCAAGGAAACACACCGGUGAGUCGCCUGAUCUGAAAUUUGGCGUGUGCGGGAAAUUCUCGGCGACAGCAGCGAAUCUGAAAAGACAUCAACACAAUCAUCACAGUGAAGAGAGGCCAAGAAAAGAAACCAGUGGAUUGCCUGAUCUAAAAUGUGACGUGUGUGGAAAAUGCUUUACGGCAGCACGUAGUCUGAUGAGGCAUCGGCGGAAUCGGCACAGUGAUGAGAGACCGUACAUGUGCGACACAUGUGGACAAUGUUUCACCCUGAACGGCUACCUGACCCGGCACAUGAAGCGUCACACGGAGGAGAGACAAUAUUGCUGCACCGAAUGUGGCAAAUGUUUCUUUCACAAAGAGAACCUGGAAAAUCAUAUGGGUGUUCAUAGAGGGGGGGCUUUUAAAUGUGACGUGUGUGGAAGAUGCUUGACGACUAAAGGGGGUCUGAAAUUUCAUCAGAAAAAGCACACGGAACAGAAAUCGCAUCGGUGUAAAGAAUGUAGCAAAGCCUUUUUCUGCAGGUCAAACCUGAAAAAGCAUAUGAGGAUUCACACUGGGGAGAAACCAUUUUGGUGCAAAGAAUGUGGCAAAUGCUUUGGUGAGAAUGGAAGCCUGUCAAAGCAUAUGAUGACUCACACCGAGGAGAAACCUCAUCGCUGUAAUGAAUGUGGCAGAUGCUUCGGUCUGAAGGGAAACCUGACAGUUCAUAUGAGGACUCAUAGAGGUGAGGGAGUACAAUGUCAUUUGUGUGGAACUCACUUGAAGUUAGCAUCAAGUCUGAAAAGACAUCUGCGAACUCACAGAAAGAAUAUUCAUAAUGACUGAGAACAUGUAAAAAUCCUUUGUGUAAAAUGUGUUAGUUGAAAGAUACAAUAUUAAGAGGACAUACCCCUCAGGUCACUGCUUGUGGUUAAAGGUACUGUCUGAAAUCUGGGAAUCUGUUCAAUGGUAAAGUCCAUUGAUAUAGUCGCCUAUUAAGGCGUCAAUCAUGAGCUAAGCACAAAUGUUUUACUUUAUUUUGUACAUGGUUACUUUUUGAAAAUAAAUUGGGUAGAGCCCAGAGAAAGGA